GUGUGUGUGUUGGGACAGUGUGUGUGAGCAUGUGUGUUGGAGGACUGUAUGUGGGAGUGUGUGUGAGAGAGAGAGAGUGUGUUGGUGGAGUGUGUGUGUGUGAGUGACUGUAUGUGUGUGUGAGAGAGAAGGUGCAUGUGUGUGUGAGUGACUGUGUAUGUGUGUGAGAGAGAGAAGGUGCAUGUGUGUGUGUGAGAGAGGGAGUGUGUUGGUGGAGUGUGUAUGUGAGUGACUGUGUAUGUGUGUGUGAGAGAGGAGGUGCGUGUGUGUGUGUGAGAGAGGGAGUGUGUUGGUGGAGUGUGUGUCUCAGUGAUCGUGUAUGUGUGUGUGAGAAAGAAGGUGCGUGAGAGAGAGAGAGGGUAUGGGGGGGAGACUGAGUGUGCCUGAGUGACUGUGGCAGCGCACUGUCACUUUAAGCCGAGCACUCAGGAGCCGGAGCGCUCGUUCAGCACAGCAGCAGCUGCAGCUCCCACUCCUGAGCCAGACACACCAGCACAGACAGGCUCCCUGUGCCCCCAGCCCAGCUCAGCCGAGACCCGCUCCGGCGCGGCCGCCUCUAGCAGCGGCCGAGCUCCGCGCCAGCCAUGGAUCCGCUUCCCAAGGAAGGGGAGCCUGCCCCGGCGGCGGCAGGGGCCGGGGAGCCCAGCAGGGGCACUGCCUCCUCCAGCGGGGUGGUGGUGCAAGUCCGGGAGAAGAAGGGACCCCUGCGCGCUGCCAUCCCCUACAUGCCGUUCCCCGUGGCGGUCAUCUGCUUGUUCCUCAACACCUUCGUGCCAGGGCUGGGGACAUUCGUGUCUGCCUUCACUGUGCUGUGUGGAGCCCGGACUGACCUCCCCGACAGGCACAUGUGCUGCGUCUUCUGGCUGAACAUCGCUGCGGCGCUGAUUCAGAUUCUGACGGCUAUCGUGAUGGUUGGCUGGAUCAUGAGUAUAUUUUGGGGGAUGGACAUGGUCAUUCUUGCUAGCUACAAGGAACAGGGGAUUCCACAGCAGCUGUAAUGGCUGGGACAAGGGUGUUCCAAGGAACAUGGCGAGAGGUUGUGUUUGGCAGCUGUGGGCAGAAGGAUCUUUCCAUUUUCACUUUUCUUUUCUCUUGUUUUUUAAACCAAUGCGUGCGUCUGUUCAGCGGAGCGGAGGUGCAGAGCAGCAGAUGGAGACCUUCACUGAUCCCUUUUAGAACCAGCGAUGAGGCAAACAUGACGUGGGUUAGGACUGGCACAGCCAGCAUGUCGUGAUGGGCGGCCAAUCCCGAGGAGGGAGGAAAACAUUGGUAGAAUGAGAUGCUACUGUGGAAGAUGGCACUUCGACCAGUGGUGAGAAGAGUGGGGAUGCUGCUUUCUCCAGCCACUGGGUGUGAAGCAGCUGGAGAUAAUUGCCCUUCUUGUAGUUCACCAUUAAAGGAGCCCAGCUGUGAACAUCAAGAUGAAGGAUAUAUUUAUAGAUAUAUGUCCAGUAUGUAAAAGCCAAAGCUGAGUGGUACCUUGUCUCCUGAGAGUCCUUUCUUCACUGUUUUGUGAUAACAGGGGCUCAGCUCAGCCUCUCCUACUGUGUGUGUUUAUGAUGCUCACUGAACCUCUGUCGUUGCAGAUGCUCUGACGUUUUGCUUGUGGCUGCUCUAAAUCAUACUUUACUGGUGACCCAGGCUGUGAAUAUGCCCUACCUGCUUGUACCUGCUGAAAGAAGAGAAAAGACUGGACCUGCCACGGGCCAGCAACAAACUGGUUCUUAGAAAGAACUGGGACGCUGUGGUGUGACGUGUGCUUUGUGUGGGGGGUGGGUGGGUUGAGGCUUUGUGCUGUUUAAUGCUAACGGUUUAAACUGCUAUUUACAGAGACUAAAAUGCCCAUGAAAGAGACUUGUGGAUAAAUAGCACCAUAAUGUGGAAGUUAAUAUACUUACCGUGUGUGUUUUGUUGCCCAUGUUGCAUACUAUAGUGGUCUCGGUCCUCUUCCCAGUGGACAAGUGCCCAUAUUUCAAAGACCACUGCAACAGAUGGCACUAACUGGACACCAUGUUAGCAGUCUUAGCCACAAGGCCAAGGGUGUACAGGGGCACGGAAAAUUAACUACCCUUUCAAGCCUAGAGUGGUGGUCCCUCCAGGUCAGGGUUAAGCCAUACUGAUAUUGUGAAGCACUGCCACUGGCUAACCUUCAAAUAGAUGCAGCAUAAAGAAAGGGCUUAAGUCUCCAGGCCCCUCCAUCCAGCACACCAGAUGAAAUUCAUGUGAAGACUGAUGGCCUGAUGUUCAGAGGGGCUGUGGGUGCUCAGCAGUUCUGAAUAUCAGCCCCUUAGGGCAUUGCGAACAAUGGACAGAACCAUGUUUGCCAGUCACUUUCCAUCUAUGAGAAGAUGAUGAGAGGAGCCAUUCAGCAACAAAAUCAUACUGCCGUUGCCACUCUUUGGGAACUAUCCUUUCAGCAAACUAGUUAAAAAUUCCCAUAGCCUUAAUCGAGAUGCAUCAAAACAGAGACACGUCCAAGUGCAAGAUUGCUCAUUAACUCUCUCUCUCUCAUACACAUCCCGCUUUGUUUCAUAGGUAAGAAAACCAGUGGGAGAGGGGCUAGGGCAUGAAAUCCCACCUCCACAUAGCUUUCUAUCCAGAUCUCCCACUCCCUGUUUGCUUUUGGAUAAUGCUGUCUUUUUUCAGAGCCAACGGAGCUGUUCACUUAGAAUGACCUUUAUUCUCGUUAUAGAGAAUAAAGAACAAAAGUAAAGUCUCUAUGAUGGAGCACUAGUGACAGAUGUGGACACCCUCUAUAAAAGUCUGCACUGGACUGAACACAAAAAUGGCUGCCUGGCUCUGCAGAGAGCCAAGUCCUUUCAGAUUUAAAGUGGUAGUGCUCAGAAAACCAAGAAAUAACAGUUACAUCGUUAGAUACACCACAGCUCAGCCCCUCUUUCCAGACUGAGAUGAGGCCUGCAUUUUGUAGACCUGUAUGUAAAUAACUACCACGGGUAGCAUGGGAGGGACAGUAACCUAAUUUCAACACUAUUGUCACUACAAAGCAGGUAGCUCAGACUGUCUCUAAUCUCAAAUGUUCUUCUCCCAGCUGUAACUGGGCGGCUUGUCUUCAUUGAAGGAUGUGUUCCUUUUUCUUCUGAGAAGCCUGGAUUUCCUUCCUCCCCCCACAUCACCCUCACAUCCUCCUGCUCCUGUCAGGGUUUCACCAGUGCAUUUCAUUCAUCUUUUUCUGGAUUUCAGAAAUAACUAAGACAGCUCCUCAGUGCAUCCAUCAGAAAGCUGUCAGAAGGGGAGACACCGGUCUACUCGCUACACUUCUCUCUACUCAGAAAAAAUCACUUCUCCCACGGUCAUGGAGCAGGCAUAAUUUAAGGCAGGGGUCAGCAGCCUUUCAGAAGUGGUGUGCCGAGUCUUCAUUUAUUCACUCUAACUUAAGGUUUUGCGUGCCAGUAAUACAUUUUAACAUUUUUAGAAGGUCUCUUUCUAUAAGUCUAUAAUAUAUAACUAAACUAUUGUUGUAUGUAAUUAAAUAAUGUUUUUAAAAUGUUUAAGAGGCUUCAUUUAAAAUUAAAUAAAAUGCAGAGCCCCCCAGCCCGGUGGCCAGGACCAGGGCAGUGUGAGUGCCACUGAAAAUCAGUUUGUGUGCCGCCUUCGGCACCCGUGCCAGAGGUUGCCUGCCCCUGAUUUAAGGUCCUACUCCCACUGACUUCAACAGAAGCUGGAGACAGAUUAUUAUUUUUUUAGUACCAAUCAAAAUAAUUCAGGCUUACCCAUCAUCUACAUCAAAACCUUCCUAUUCCACAGAGCUGAUCCAUCUCUCCUUCGGUCCACUCUCUCAGGCAGGUCUACGCUGCAUUCUAAAACCCACAGCAGCCAGUCUCAGAGCCUGGGACUACACACUCAGGUUCACACUACAGCGCUAAAAACAGUUGUGUAGACAUUCGGGCUCAAGCUGGAGCUUAAGAUCUGAAACCCAUUUCCCUCCCAGCCUGAGCUGUAAUGUCUACACUGCUGUUCUUAGUGCCACAGCAUGAGCCCAAGUCAUAGACUUUAAGGCCAGAAGGAAGCAUUAUGAUCAUCUAGUCUGACCUGCACAUCACAGUCCACAGAACCUCUACCCAUCGACUCCUGUGAUAGGCCCAUAACCUCUGACUGAGUCACUGAAGUCCUCAAAUCUUGAUUUAAAGACUUCACGUUACAGAGCAUGCCCCAUUUAUUCUCAUUCAAACCAGCAAGUGACCCAUGCUGCAGAGGAAGGUGACACCCCUCCCUGACUCCUUCACAACUCCAAAUGUAGCAAUCAGUUUGACCCACCAGCCAGUCACCUGGGAAAGAAUUCUCUCUAGUAACUCAGAGCCCUCCCCACCUAGUGUCUCAUUUCCAGCCACUGGAGAUAUUUGCUGCUAGCAUUCACAGAUGGGCCAUAUGCCAUUGUAGGUAACCUCCUCAUACCACCCCCUCUCUAAACAUAUGAAGCCCAGUCUUGAAACAAGUUAGGUUUUGUUGUCCCCAAUGUUCCCCUUGGAAGGCUGUUUCAGCACUUCACUCCUUUGAUGGUUAGUAACCUUUGCUUAAUUUCAAGCCCAAAUUUAUUAAUAGCCAGUUUAUAUCUAUUUGUUCUUGUACCAACAUUGGCCCUUAACUUAAAUAACUGCUCUCUCUUCCUGGUAUUUAUCCUUCUGGUGUAUUUAUAGAAAGCAAUUAUAUCUCCCCUCAGUCUUUGUUUUGUUAGGCUAAACAAGCUCCUUAAGUCUUCUCUUAUAAGGCAGGUUCUCCAUUCCUCUGAUCAUCCUAGGAGCCUUUCUCUGUGCCUGUUCCAGUCUGAAUUCACCUUUCUUAAACAUGGGAGACCAGGAUUACACACAGUAUUCCAGAUGAGGCCUCACCAGUGCCUUGUGUAACGGUGAGAACACUUUUCUAUCUCUACUAGCAAUACCUCGCCUAGAUCUGGGCUCUGAGACUUCCUGCAGUGGGCUUCAAAACACAGUGUAGACUUACUCAGACACCAGGCAUGGGAAAAUAGAUCAGCAUUUCAGUCAACAAACUACCCUGAUGGGCAAUAGGUUGAGGAUCUGUCAGGCAUGGAAAGGAAGGAGAGUGAGUUCACUGAACCUUCACUGAAAUUUUCUAAGUCUCUUCCAUUUAAACCUGGGGGCUGCUAGCUCAAGUACUUUAGCUGAUCUCAACUGCCUUGAUAUCACACAUGGAGAUUGCAAGGAGACUAUCUACCAAAUCCUUAAUAUAAACAAUGGAUUUUAUGUAGUUAUAUAUUUAUUAGGCCCAAUUUUUGCUGGGCUGAUAUAUUUUAGGCACACACAGACAUUACCUGAUGUGUAAGUACCAAGCUAGGAAGAUCUCUAACCAGCCAACACGCUCACACAAAUGCCGGGUUUACUUGUGAAAAUGUAGAUGUUCAGCUGAAAAUGUGUCUACAUCACAUGGGGAAGGGGGACGCAGCAUUUGAUUAACUUGGGAGGGUGGACAAGCCUGUUUCAUCUGGUUCUUCAAGCAAAACCAGCACAAAUUCAGAAAAAGGAGUAGUACUGGGGACAGAUCACUCAGGAUAAGAUCAAACAGCACUGCAUUGGCAGAAGAUCAAUCAGAUUAGCUUUUCUUGCCAUAACAGAGCUGCCUGAGCUAGCCCUUCACAUGGCCUGGCUGAAUUCUAACAAUAACACUAUUUGCCUGUAGAUCUCAGAGCACUUAAUGAAUGUAGGCAUCAUCUCCAAUUUACCAAUGAGAUACUGAGGCACGGGGAAGUCAGAUGACUGACCAAGAUUAUACAGCAAGCCCAUGGCCUUGGCCUGAUGCCCUAUGCAUUGGACCACACUGCUAAGCUAAACACCUAGCAUUUUAUACCCUUUAUUAAAGAUAAAUAAAUAUCCUUUAUUAAAACGUGGCUGUUGUGCAUGGCUAGAAUUUGCCUCUCAGCUCUGCACUGUAGAGAAGAGCUCUGCAGAGUGGAGCAGAGAGGGAAGUUUAGCCCUUAAAAUUUUGGAGGAAGGUAGAUUUAAAAACCAAAACACAAACCCUAGAGAGGUUUAGUUUUGUUUUUUUUCAGGUUUGUUUGAGUGACAGGUGCCAGUUUUUGCUUCUCCUUAACACGCUGCUAGGAGUGAUUAACAAAGAUUAACAUGCUGCUAGGAGUGAUUAUGCAACACUCAGAGGCAGAGAGACGGUUACUUCACUUUGCCCCUUAGAAAGUUCCACAACAGCAGCAUGUUAAAAAUCAAGGCCUAAUUAAUCAUUGGCGAAUUACACUGGAAAUGUUAUCAAAGUAUCAUGUGAAUCACCUGCAUUAAUGCCAAGUGAUAAAAGCAUCAGGACUAUGAUUACUACAGGAAUUACCCACAGGAAUUCUCCUCAGAAUUUGUGUCUUUCUGGUAAUUUAUACCAACUAGAAUACAUUACUGCAUGGUGGCUCGUUAUUCACUGAUCAAUAUUAUAAUAGUCCCUUGCACUUCUUAGCUUCUUCAGUCUCACAGAACUCUACACAUAUUAAAGAAUUAAGCUUCAAAACACCUGCAAGACAAGUAUAGCAGUGUGGAUUUAGGGCUUGUCUUCACAUACAGGGCUGCAGCUGCACCACUGUAAUACUUCAACGAAGACAUUGCUAUGCUGAGGUAGUUAAUCCACCUCCCCGAGAGGUGGUAUCUAUGUCGGCAGGAGAAGCUCUCCCGUUGACAUAGCGCUGUCUAAACAGGGGUGGGGGGGAGAGGGGUAGGGGAGAGG